AUUUGAACCAAAAUAAUAAAUAAAUAAAUAAAUAAAUAUGUGGCCGAAGAAAAAUUUUAAAAAAUGGAAGGAUACAGGACAAAUAAAUCACCGAUAAAUAUAGACGACAAACAAACAAAAUUAAAAAAAUAUUCCCCUUUAAUAAUGACAGGACAUUGGAUCAAAGGAGGAGAAGCUCUACUAGUGAAUAAUAGCGAAACAGCAAUUAUUCAAUUAAUUGGCGAUCGAAUGGCUUCGACAAUCACCGGCGGCCCUUUGCUCAAUGACGAAUUUAAAUUUUCAAAUGUACAUUUUCAUUGGGGUGAAUGUGAUUCCGACGGUUCUGAACAUCAAAUCAAUGGGGCCUCGUAUUCGAUGGAAGCACAUGUAGUUCAUUACAAUAGUAAAUAUAAAAAAUUAAACGAGUGUUUUAAACACAAAGAUGGACUUUGUGUACUUGUAUAUUUUUUUUUGGUAACUAGCGACGCUGAUUUAAAAAGUAAUCCGUAUACUGAAGAAAUAGUUAAACAUUUAAAGUUUAUACAAAAUUCUCACACGAGCACGAAUAUUCCUACAAAUGUACUCUACUGGAUGCGCGAAGCAAUAUAUUGCUCAAAAUACUACACUUACUCAGGUUCUUAUCACAUAAAAACAGAUCCCGAGUGUGUUAUAUGGAUUGUAUUUCCAUUAAUAAUUCCCGUUACUUCCUAUCAAGUAAACGAAUUUCGUAAAUUGAAAAAUAAUAAUGAAAAAAUAUUAAACAAUUGUAAUAAAUUAAAUACAAUUAAUACCAUCCAAGUGUCCGCUAUCUACAAUUAAGGUAAUUAAUUUACACGAAGAUUAAAAAUUUAAAAAACUCAACCCAAAAUUAAUGUAAAAAAAAAUUUAUUUAAAUUUAUUCUGAAAAUAAAAUUUUUUUUUUUUCUAAUUUAACAAGUUUUUGUCAUGCAAGAGAUGAUACUCAUAUUUAACUUGACAUGUAGUACUCAACUUUUAUAAUUUGAAUAAAGAAACAGACUUUUGCACUAGAUGAGAGGACAUCACAAUGUUUUCUAAUAAGUUUAGUCUCUCGACCUUAAAUUUAUUCAGAUUAUACGCCAGUGGAAUUAAAAUUAUCUUU